AUGUCUGCAACCCCCAAUCCAUCAACACCCACCAUCGUCGUCCCUGCUAAUAACAUACCAGCACCCACAUCACCUAUGGAACCUCAAAGUCCAGCUUCUAAAGCAGCUCUAAAGAACGAGAAAGCUUACAAUAAAGUAUUAAUAAAGGAAGCAAAAGCCGAAGAGAAGAAAAUCAAGAAUGCAAUCAAAGAUGGAAGUCAUGCUACUAAAGCUGAACAAAAAGCAGCUAAAGAAGAAGUUAAAGCUAAGAAAGUUCUAGAUAAAGCCGUAGCAAAAGAAUUCAAGACGAAUAAGAAAUUACUUUCUGUUCAAGCUAAACAUGAAAAAGCUGUACUUGAUUUAGAAAAAGCCAAAGCGAAAUUAGAAUUAAAAACUACACAUCAUACUACACAAACUAAUUUAAGAGAUCAGAAGAUGGAACUAGUGAACAGUUUAAGAACUCGUGGUUCUAUUCCAGCAUGAGAUUCUUUUGUCUUCACCUUUUAUCACACCCCAACGCAAUACUAUCUUUUAUUGAACUUUUCUUUUCGUCUUUUUCUUCUGGUUUAUCUUUGAUUUCUUAGACCUUUUUAUAACUUUUUUGACCAUAUAUCAUAGUCGUACAUUAGCCAUCAAUACCACCUCUGCUUUGACUUUU